AUCAGUGUGCGCGUUACCACCAUGGAUGCUGAGCUGGAGUUUGCCAUCCAGCCCAACACUACAGGGAAGCAACUCUUUGAUCAGGUUGUGAAGACAAUUGGUCUAAGAGAGGUCUGGUUUUUUGGACUUCAGUAUCAGGACACCAAGGGCUUCUCAACAUGGCUGAAACUGAACAAAAAGGUGACGGCACAGGAUGUGCGCAAAGAAAGCCCCCUGCUCUUCAAAUUCCGUGCCAAGUUCUACCCAGAGGAUGUGGCAGAAGAGCUGAUCCAGGACAUCACACAGCGCCUCUUCUUCCUCCAAGUGAAGGAGGCAAUCCUGAAUGAUGACAUUUAUUGCCCUCCAGAAACAGCUGUCCUCCUGGCUUCUUAUGCUGUCCAGUCAAAAUAUGGAGACUUUAACAAAGAGGCACACAAGCCUGGCUACCUUGCUAAUGAUAAACUGCUCCCACAGAGAGUUCUGGAGCAGCACAAACUUAACAAGGACCAGUGGGAGGAGAGGAUCCAGGUGUGGCAUGAGGAACAUCGAGGAAUGAUUAGAGAAGAUGCUGUGUUGGAGUACCUGAAAAUUGCACAGGAUCUGGAAAUGUAUGGUGUGAACUACUUCAGCAUUAAGAACAAAAAGGGCUCUGAACUCUGGCUAGGUGUAGAUGCUCUUGGACUCAACAUUUACGAGCAGAAUGACAGACUAACGCCGAAAAUUGGAUUCCCUUGGAGUGAGAUCAGAAAUAUCUCAUUCAAUGACAAGAAGUUUGUUAUCAAGCCUAUUGACAAGAAAGCACCAGACUUUGUAUUCUACGCCCCUCGGUUACGGAUUAACAAGCGAAUCUUGGCACUUUGCAUGGGGAACCAUGAGCUCUACAUGCGCAGACGUAAACCAGAUACCAUUGAGGUACAGCAGAUGAAAGCGCAGGCUCGGGAAGAGAAGCAUCAGAAACAGAUGGAGAGAGCCCUGCUGGAGAAUGAGAAGAAGAAGAGGGAGUUGGCAGAAAAAGAGAAGGAGAAGAUUGAACGUGAGAAAGAGGAGUUAAUGGAGAGACUCAAGCAAAUUGAGGAGCAAACCAAGAAAGCUCAGCAAGAACUGGAAGAACAGACCCGCAGAGCCAUGGAGCUGGAACAGGAAAGGAAACGAGCUCAGGAGGAAGCAGAGAAACUGGCUAAAGAACGCCGAGAAGCAGAAGAGGCAAAGGAAGCCCUCCUGAAAGCAUCCCAUGAUCAACAAAAGACCCAGGAACAACUGGCUGCUGAGAUGGCAGAACUCACAGCUAGGAUCACGCAGCUGGAGCUAGCCAGGCAGAAGAAGGAGAGUGAGGCCCAGGAGUGGCAACAGAAGGCGCAGAUGGUGCAGGAGGACCUAGAAAAGACCAAAGAGGAGUUGAAGACUGCCAUGAGCACCCCCCACGUCACUGAGCCCAUGCACUCUGAGAAUGAGCAUGAUGACGAGCAGGAUGAGAAUGCUGCAGAGGCCAGUGCUGAGCUGCGGUCGGAGGCCACCAUCAAGGACCGCAGUGAGGAGGAGCGCACCACUGAAGCGGAGAAGAAUGAACGGGUCCAGAAACACUUGAAGGCUCUUUCCUCGGAGCUGGCGAACGCUCGGGAUGAAACCAAGAAGACAGCCAACGACAUGAUCCAUGCUGAGAACAUGCGGCUGGGCCGAGACAAGUAUAAGACCCUCCGUCAGAUUCGGCAGGGCAAUACCAAGCAGCGCAUUGAUGAGUUUGAGUCCAUGUAAACUCUCCCCUGCACCUGCUGCCCUGCACUCUUCUCCCCUCUUUCCCAUCCUCUCCCAUCACUCACUCGUAAUCGUGCUGCGCUGGAACCACUACAGAAGAGUGACCAUGGUCUUAUUUAUAGAGUUUUGGGCAAGUGCUGCAGUUUAGCAACAGAGGAAAAACCAGCAUCUACAUCUUCCUGGGGGUGGCUGGGGAAAGCAAACUUGUAUUGGUCCAAAUUUGAAAUUGCUUGGCUUUGGGUAAAGUCUCACUGCAUUUAGUUUUGUAUUGCUUAUUGAAACAGCUGUACUGCUGUUCUCUUCCACUGGGUAAAGAGGCCACCAGAUACUUUGACUGAAUUACUUAAACUGCUACAGUUUGACACUGUGCCUUCCUACUAAUUUGCACAAACUUCAGUAUUAAGCUUAGUGGCCAGGGUCUAAAUAUCUGACUUUACCCUCUCUACAUGAGGGUCUGCCUCGUGUAGUUGAGAAGGGGAGCCUGGAGGUAGGGUUAAUAAGGGUUGAUGGUAUAAUACAGACUUUUUUUCUAAGACCAAAGCUUUUGACCUUAAAACUUAAGCAGGCGAAAUAGAUAAUCAGUGGUGUUAAUAACAUCUUGUAUGAUCCUGCUGGUGUUAGCUUUUCUUUUUUAAUGAUGAAAUUUUGAAUUUCCUAAUCAUGUGGAGGCCUUUGUAAUAUUUCCACUGCUGAAGUGUGUUUUGGUGCAUCAACUUCCCUGUCUUCCAGAAGUGUUUUCCUCUGGGUAAAUUGCUUUGUUCACUGUCACUUGUCUGAUUUGAAUGUAACCAGUGAAGCAGAAAUAGCUAAAGAACGUUGCCUUGCAUUUUUGGGGUCACCAAUGGAAACCUAGAGGGACAGGCAGAAACGCAAAGAACUAAAACUUGUUGUAGCUAUUUUUCCCUGGCUGUAAAACAGAGUACUCCUGGUUGUGUGAAUGGCAUUUCAGGUGUCCAGAAGAGGCCUUUUUAACACAUAGUCAUUGGUGCCUUAUGACUGUCUAUAGAUCUACUGUAGCUCAGAUGUCUUUGCUUAAACUAGAUAUAAUCAUAAAAAGUGAUGAGCAGCUGGGGACCAGAAAUUACUUUUGUAUCUGGCUCAUGUACAAGUUUGAAUCUGUCUACCUAGCUUCCAGCAGCAUCCGAGGGGAGAGGAUCAUGAAGCAUUUGUCCAGUUGCUGCCUUAAUCCUCGCUAGCUAGCAUUACCAUCUGAGCAUGUCCCUGGCUCAGAUGUUUUUCCUUCCCCAGAAGGAUGCGUUUUGCCCCUUUGCAGCCUUGAAAACAGAGGGCUCUUGUCUGUUAGAAAUGGACCCUAGUAGGUUGUAAGGAGACUUAUCCUGAGAGCUGAUUGUAACAGUUACCAGUGCCCUUGACAUCCUGUCUUCCAAGCUCCUGUCUGUGCUGUAGCUACCCACAAUCCUCUCCUCCAUUUCUGGGGAAGGAACAGCCAUGUAUGCUCAGGGUUGAAUUGGAUUUUGUCUAAAGUCUUCAACUUUAGAAGGGGCCUCUUAAAAAUGGAUUCCAUCUAAAAUGGAGUUCUCCUUUGCUUUGCCCUCCUUGGAUUAGCCUGUCCCUAUGCGAAGUCAUUAGGCUAGCCCAUAAUUUAAUUUCUUGCCUAGCAUGAUCCUAAAUCUUACAACUUUCUCAGUUUUGUGGAUGCCUCUCUUGUCUCUACGGUAUCACUGUUAGCGCCGAUAGAAGGAAAACAUCUGAGUAUGUUAGAGCACUUUCAGCUCCCUACUCUGUGGGAAAAAGGUAACGGGGAGUGUGCCAAAAAUAAAUGUUCAUGUCAGUGUUAAUAAACAGCAGUAUUUCCCCAAGAACUCCUUGGGCUGCUAGCAA